AUUUGUGUUUGACCGCGCGCGCCCAUCGCGCUCAGCCCAAGUCCAAACAAGAUGCGGCGCAGCAAGCAGCACCACGCGUGUGCUUGUGGUGAGGCGCUAUAUAGCAAAGCCGUCGAUCAAGGCGAAAGGUGAGCGAUGAGCGCUCUUCCUUUCGCACUAUACGCACGCGCGGCGAUCAUACGCAUCGUCGAAAGCUUCAUUAUUGCUGCUGCUGCUGCUGCAUGCUGGCACGUUGAGCUGACCCUGCGAAACUUGCUCAGUCGCGAGGCCCUCGUUGUAGAGUGCCUCCGCGGCCUUGAGCACCUUGUGAUUUGCCCAAAGGUCGCCGACGUGGUCUCGCCAUCAAGCAAACAACGUGACUUUGACUGCACGCACAUCCCGUACAGCUGUUCAAAGCGCCUUUUUGAGCGGUCAAGUCUAGGAAACGCCUCCUCAGCUUCUCUCGCAAAUGGGACUGAGCCACUUGCCGCCUCGGCCUCUGCCGUAGAGCAGGGAUGCAAGCACAGUCAGGCAGUCCGGCGCGCAUCUGAUCAGUUGGGAAGCGAUCGAGAAUGCGGCAUCCACGUCGGGGCUGCACAGAGCCGCGCGCUGCGCUGUGCGAGCGAUCAGCUUGACCGAGGCUGUUAUUGUGACUCGAGCAGAAAAAGCUGCGAGUCUUCUGACUGCAACGAUGAACCUUGCCUCGCUAGUCGUGACGUGCGGACGAGAUGCUCUUCCUCUUCUGAGGACGCACGGAGCGGCCAUUGCAGCCUUAUUUCUCCUAUUCACGCACCACCUUUGCGACGCUUCUAGUCGCGUCGGUGCCCAUCAAGAUGCGGGUGGGAGCGGUCACACAAGACACGCCACGAACCUGAGCAACGAUGGCUGAUUUAUUGCUGCGCGUUGCGAUCAUGCAGAGCGCUCGAGCAGAAGGAGCGUCGGAUGCCGAGUUAAGAAGUCGGAGCUUUGAGAGUCAGAGAGGAACAAGACGACCCAGAGGGAAUGGAUCGGGCGCGCCGAUUUCUUGAGCGGCCGCGGGUCCAGAAAGGAAGUCUUACUGCUCGCAUCACGCAAGCACGCACUUGUGAGCUUGAC